AAACCCUUGCGCCAAUACAAAACCCUGAAAGCAGAAAACUGAAGAAUCAGCAGACAAACAACAAAAAAGUUGAAAAAAAAUUCAAGACCCAACGUAAGCUGUGUAAUGGAGAAGGAACAAGAAUCAAACCCUAACCCAAUUUCAUCAGUUGAAUGUGAAGAGUGCAAGUUGAAUCCAUGGAAGUAUAAAUGCCCAGGUUGCUCUGUACGCACUUGUAGUCUCACUUGCGUCAAUUCCCACAAGCAAAGGACUACUUGCAAUGGCAAAAAAUCACUCACUAACGUUCUCCCUCUUUCUCAAUUCGACGAUAACAUCCUUUUAUCAGAUUAUAAUAUGCUUGAGGAUGUUAAAAGAUUUGCUGAAUCCGCAAGAAGAAUGAGACAGAAGCUAUGUGGCUACUCUCGUUUUAAGCUUCCUUUCCCUCUUAAAAACCUUCGUAGAGCUGCAGACAGUCGCAGAACCAAAAUACACUUUCUGUCCAGUGGAAUGUCAAAGAGGGAGAAAAAUCAAACUUAUUACAACAACAGGAAUAAGUUCAUAUCUUGGACAAUUGAAUGGCGGUUUAAUUCAACAGACGUUGUCUUGACUGACCAUGGAGUACAUGAAAACACAAGCCUCAUCGAUGUGCUUGAGACUCAUUUGAAACCUGGCCCCUGGAAUCAUCCACUGAAGCAAUUUUGUGAAGAGUCUUUGGACUGUCUUAAACUUUUCAUUCGCAAACAUUCAAAGGGGUCGAAAUCACCUUUUUAUGAGUUGAAUUCAAAAGCUCCAUUGCGUGAGCAACUAGCCAAUAAAGCUAUUUUGGAGUACCCUGUCAUUUAUGUUUUUCUGCCAUCGCACAACUAUGAUUUUGAAGUAAUCAAAUCUCCCAUUCCUCGAAAAGUUGAGCCAAAAGUGCUAAAUUGCAGUGAUAGUCCAAGUCCCAAGGGAGUGAUGUUUAGGGAGGAGGAUAUAGGGGAUGGUGGAUCAUUAGACCCACACAUUUCAGAUCUCUUGAGUUGUGACAGGUUAAAUACAGCAUUCCAGACCUCUAACAAGUCAUUAGACAUGUUAUCAGUUGUCGAGGAAACUGCAUCUGUAGUUGGUGAUACAUGCAUAACUUUUGAUUCAGAAGUUUUGUCAACGAAAGAGAUGGAUCCAAUUGGAGAAAAGUAUUGGUCAUUGCUGGGUGACAUUUUACCAAUGGAAGAUGAAUUAGAGGAAGGGGAGAUAGCUCCACUUUAAAUUCGUCGUUGCUUUAAGCUGAUUAUGUUGUCUACCUUAGUGUUAGAGUAAAAUGGUUUGCUUUGUACACCACUGAUCCGAGUAAGCUGCAGUAUCUGAUUUGUGCCUCUUCUACAUUGAUGAUAAUCAUAGUAGCUAUCUUAUGAGGAUCUUGGGUUUGAUUUCUCCCGUCCUCCAUUUUCUGAGAUGUGAAAGAUCCACCAGAGAGUGGCUUGACCAUCGAUUCAACGUGGAGAAAAAGGUUUGGAAUCUGUCAAGCUAGAUACAGAAUGCAGUUUCAUAGAAGCAGUGUACCCUUUGUAGUGGUGCUAGAUGAUAACUUGAGCAUUGUAUUUAAAACUAUAGUUAAAAGUUUCUCUUUCACAAUAUUUGAUAAUUUCAAGAUUUGCAGAAGGGUUACCAAAUUAAACCAAUUGUGUUGGAUUUUUAAAUCUAUAAUUCAAAUC